GUCAUGUUACUGGCUUGUUUGUUGGGUUAGUAAGUUCGGUCCCAGGUGUUGCCCCUCACCGAGGGUGUCCGAGUUACGGCCGGCACUUCAUUUAUCUAGAGGUUAUUGAUUGUAGCGGGAAGGAACAGUCUAUCUGGGCCCAGCGUGACACCUCUACAAUGGUCAUUACCCGGGAAUGGGAAUUGGUCCGACUCGCCUCACAUCACAACAACUCAACACCCACUUCUCAGCCAGCCUUACAAGAUGCGCUUCCUCAUUCUGCUCGCUUCGGCGGCAUCUUUGCUUACCACUGCCGCCGCCGACCCGUACGCCAACUUCUCGCGCAGCUGCACUGGCAUCGACCUCGUCCCCGACUUCUUCCUCGGCGCCACCUGCUGCCACCCCGGCGAGGAUGGCUCCGACGUCCAUUCGGAGAACGAGCUUGAUCUGAACCUGUGCAUUGGCUUGGAUCAGGUCAGUAACCAGCUGAAGUGGGAGGUGUACGGCAAAUUCUCCAACUACUGCACCAACUGCACUCUGGACACGCCGGAGGACGGCACCGAGCACCAGCUUACCUGUUCCUGCCGGCCGCUGGUGGGCAGCCGGAAGUACGUGCAAUCGACGCUCAACCUGGACGACGGCAUCGCCAACGAGUGGGGAACGCUCCGGUGCGAGGGCGGCAUGGCGUCGCUGCCGCGCGGCUCGAGGGAUGAUUAGGCUCGAGGGACGAUUAGGCUCGAGGCACUGGGAGAUGAUCGGGCUGUAUGCGGCGUGGUGUCCCGGGAUCCGCUGGGAAGGAGGGCUGGUGGGAGGUAUCAACGACCACCUCACUGGCUUGAAGCGCGGUAUCUCGAGACGGUCGA